UCUGAGUCAAAACAAACCCUGGUGUGUUGGGGGCCACGACCAGCAGCUGUGGUGUUAUUACCUCUGUGUCGGCUAUGUUCACCUGACUACCACACCCUGAAGGUACGGUCUUCAUAAUUAAGCUGAGAGAACACGUGUUAGUGAGAAUAACUGCCCUGGCUCAAGCUGUGUGGCGUGUAGUGAGGCUUAAAUGUAGCCCUCACACCAGGGGCCAAUAGUCGAAUUAUGGAGGACAAGAAGGUUCUCCCGCCUCCAAGGAAGAACUCAGGGAAGAGCCAGAAGGCACAAGAGCAGGGUGCUGGAGGAGGCGGAGGGAGCAACGGGGAGAAUGAAGGAGGUGAGGCUGCGCCAACUUCCAAGAGUCGUAAAUUAGCAGGUAUUCGACCCCGUAUUUCCAUCGAAGAACUCAGGAAUGUCUUCAAACGACAAGCUUCUGUUGCUCAGGAGGAAGGAGAUCCAAUUUUUGAUCCCAUGGCCAAGGCUCAAGGUAGUAUGAAGAUUGUGCGUGGCAAGACAGGUGUAGUAUAUGAUGAACGCAUGGCUCAGCAUCGCUGCCUCUGGGACCAGAACUACCCCGAGUGUCCCGAGAGGUUAUUACACACUUUGGAGAGGUGUAAAGACCUGGGCUUGUUGAAUCGCUGUGAGACCCUAGUGUCACGUGCGGCCACAGAAGAAGAAUUACUGAAGGUUCAUUCCAUUGCACAUCUGGGCCUCCUGUGGAGCACUAUGGGGGAGACUGACACUGAGAAACUUGAGCAACUUUCUUCACACUUUGAUUCCAUCUAUCUUCAUCCAUCUACAUAUGAAAACUCGCUUCUGGCAGCUGGCAGCACUUUGGACCUGGUAGAUGCUGUAGCAUCAGGAAGACUGCAGAAUGGCUUUGCUCUUGUCAGACCUCCUGGCCACCAUGCUAUGGAAUCAGAGUUAUGCGGAUACUGUUAUCUCAACAACGUGGCCCUGGCAGUUCGUCACGCCUUAGAAAAACACAGCUUGUCCCGCAUCCUCAUAGUAGACUGGGAUGUUCACCACGGGCAGGCCUCCCAAUAUGCAUUUUAUUCAGACCCCAGGGUGUUGUACUUCUCCAUACACCGCUACCAACAAGGGAGUUUCUGGCCACACUUAAGAGAGAGUAAUUACAACUAUGUUGGAGAAGGAACUGGCCAGGGAUUUAACUUCAAUGUUCCUCUUAACAAGAUUGGUAUGAGGAAUGAAGACUACCUGGCCAUAUUUCAUCAAGUUCUCCUUCCAGUGGCUUAUGAGUUCAACCCAGAGCUCAUCAUUGUAUCAGCGGGGUAUGAUGCUGCUGUUGGGUGUCCUGAGGGAGAAAUGGAUGUGUCAUCAGGCUUCUACUCCCACCUUACUUCCAGUUUGAUGACGUUGGCCCAAGGGAGAGUGGCUGUAGUUUUUGAGGGUGGAUAUUGCUUGGACUCCUUAGCAGAAGGUGCAGCAAUGACUCUGAGCACACUGCUUGGAGACUCAUGCCCCAUACUGCUGGACCCCAUCAAGGAGCCAUCAUCGAGUUUGCGUGAGACACUUCUGAACCUCAUUUAUGUCCAGCGGCCAUAUUGGAAAUGCUUCCAGUAUCAAGGAUCAUUUUCAGUGAGAGAAGAGUCCAACGAGGCUGUCAAAGCAAGACAUACUCCGUCCCUUACAUUUCUGGGACUGAAUGCCAGACCUCUCAGAUUCCCAACAAGGGAAGUUCAUAUUGUGCAGUCACCAGAGCUGCUAGAGAGAAUAAAAUCAAAGCUGCUUCAGUUGAAAUUAAAAGAAAGGACCAGGGCUCUGCCAGGAGGUAAACUCUGCUUGGUUUAUGAUGAAGAAAUGAGUCGUCACAGAAGUUUGUCAGGAGCGGAGCAUCCAGAGAGACCUGAAAGAACAGAACAAAUUUGGGAGUACCUGAAACAGUAUGGUAUAAUAGAAAGAGCGACUGUUCUUAAGUCAAGACGAGCAACUCGAGAAGAAGUAGAACUUGUGCACACCAAAGACCACGUAGACUUUAUGUUUAACAUUGGGUCUUUAAGCCAGAAAGAACUCGAGUCCCUGCAGGAUAAAUACAAGUCUAUUUACUUCCAUUCCAUGAGUAAUGAUGCUGCUCUGCUGGCAUCUGGUAGUCUCCUGCAGGUUGUGGAUAGUGUUUGUAACAACAAAAUCUCAAGUGGCAUUGGUGUGGUGCGUCCCCCCGGCCACCAUGCUGAAAGGGAUCAUCCACACGGAUUUUGUUUCUAUAACAAUGUUGCAGUUGCUGCUAGAUAUGCUCUCAAGCAAUAUGGAUACCAACGAGUGAUGAUCUUGGACUGGGACGUUCACCAUGGUAAUGGUAUCCAGCACACCUUUGAAUCUGACCCACACGUCCUCUAUAUCUCCAUCCACCGAUAUGAUCAAGGCCUCUUCUUUCCCUCCUCCGAAGAUGCAAAUUAUGACCGAGUUGGAACAGGAGCUGGGGAAGGGUACAAUGUUAACAUCCCCUGGAACAAGAGUGGUUUGGGAGAUGCAGAAUACAUAUCAGCCAUGCUACAGGUGGUGCUGCCCAUAGCCUACCAGUAUGACCCCCAGUUGGUCCUGGUUUCAGCUGGCUUUGAUGCUGCCCGGGGAGACCCACUUGGAGGCUGUCGUGUCACCCCGGAGUGUUAUGGCCACAUGACACGCCUACUGUCAAGUCUAGCUGGUGGCCGCAUUGUGCUGGCACUGGAAGGUGGCUAUAACCUCAACACCAUCAGCUACUGCAUGACCAUGUGUGCCAAGGCACUUCUAGGUGACCCCCUGCCAAUGCUGGAUGCAUCACUGGUUCCAAACAAGGGUGCUGUGCAAACCAUCAAUGAUGUUAUCAGGACUCAGUCACAAUAUUGGUCUGCCCUGUGUUUCCAGGUUGAUCUUCCAGUAGAAGAUGUACUUUGUCAAGGGUUUGGGGGAGGACCUCAAGCUGUAGAGUCUGGAGCAUCAGGCUCAGAAGCAUCUUCCUGCACUUCUUCUCCUGUUUCAACUCCAUCCACAAAUUCCCCUCCAUAUAUCUCUGCUCCUUCCUCCCCAGGAAAGUCAAAUGCGUUUAGACUUACUGGACCUGGAAGAGCUGCUCCAAUGGCGUGUGGUGAAAGUGAGACUAGAAUUUGUACAAGUGAAAUGCAAGUUGAUUCUUGCACACAAUUUUCUGUGACAGCACAACCACAGGAUGAAGCAAACCCCUCAGGAAAAAAAAAGAAGAUUGGCACAAAGAAUAAAACAGGUUCUUCUCCAGCAGGCAAAGCUCUUGAGGCACCACCACAAAUAAAAGAACAGUGUAAAAAGGUGAGAAGAAGAUCUGAGAGACAAGAGGUGCCACCCAAUCCUGAACGGAGCAAUUUUCCAUUGACUCCUACGCGUCCUGGCAGACCUCGAAGUGAUGGAGCGCUCCGUGCUGCUGCUGCCAGUGUUGAUAUGUUGAAAGGUCCAACUGCAGUCAUAUCUAACGAGGAUUAUUGUAAUGUUUGUUGUGUGGAGUAUAUGCAAGGUCCUGGAAUCAUAAAAGCCAUCAUUGAGCGCUGUAAAGAACUGAAAUUGUUGGAGAAGUGUACUAGACUUAAGCCAAGACCAGCCACUGAGGCAGAGAUAUUGGCAGUCCAUGGUGAAGAAAGGCUAAAGGCUAUUCCAAGAGGAACAAGAAAGUGUAUUUACCAUCCAGUAGAUGGUGAUGAUAUCCUGACAGCUGCAGGAAGUACUGUUGAGUUGGUGCAGGAAAUAGUAUCAGGCAAAGCUCAGAAUGGUAUUGCUAUUAUAAUACCUUCAGGUCACUUGGUGUCAGGCAGUAGUACACCUCCCAGUGGCUAUUUGAAUAACACAGCCAUAGCAGCCCGGUAUGCGUUAGAUAACUUGGGCCUUAGUCGGGUGUUAAUAGUUGACUGGGAUGGUCAACAUGGGAUUGGCACUCAACACAUCUUCUACAGUGAUCCAAGAGUCUUGGUAUUUUCUGUACUCCUGCACAGUAGCCAGGACCCAGAGGAAGGUGAUAAAAAUAAAACAGGAAUCCUUGAAGGCCAUGGCUAUAAUUUUAAUGUUAAACUUAACUGCCAUGUCUUUCAGAAUGAAGAUUACUAUUCAGUCUUCCACCAAGUGUUGUUACCAGUAGCCUAUGAAUUUUCUCCAGAACUGGUCAUUGUCUCUGCUGGUUUUGAAUUAGCAUUGCAUUCUGAAAACAUUCACCCAGGAAUCUACUCACAUCUGACGGCUAUGCUCAUGCCCAUAGCACAGGGUCGUCUGGCAGUGGUGCUGGAGGCUGGGAAAUGCAAAGAAGCCAUGGCAGAAGGAGUGGCAGCUACUUUACGCACACUCCUGGAUAAACCGUCUGAACCUAUGCCAAUGCCAUUGAAUGAUCCUUCACCAGAAGUAAAGAAAGCUAUAACUGAGGUCAUGACAGCACAGAAAACUAACUGGGACAGUAUAAGAUAUCAUGCUCAAACUUCACUCAUCUCUUAUAAACCAAAAGUGGAUUCUUCUCCUGUCAUUAAGCCACUUAAGCACCCUUACUCCCACCACCUUCAAAAACUUGGUGAGAGUAUCCCAAGCCCCAAAUACACUGUGUGUCUUGUGUAUGAUGACUCCAUGAUGGAACACUUCAACUACAAAGAUGAAACUCAUCCUGAGAGGCCAGAGAGAAUAAGCUGCAUCUAUCAGCGUCUGCAGGAGUUUGGUGUGGUUGGCCGCUGUCAUAGAAUCAAGGCAAGGAAAGCAACAGUGAGUGAUCUGGAGAGUGUACACAGCUCCAAGCACAUCAAGUUCAUGUCAUCCCUCAUGACUAAGAAACCUCAAGAGCUUCUCAGCGCUGAAAACAAACUUGAAUCCAUCUACCUCCACCGUCGCACCAAUAAUGCAGCUCUUAUGGCUGCCGGCUCCCUAGUAGCGGUUGUGGACAGUGUUAUGUCCGGUGAGAGUCAACGUGGCAUGGCAGUAGUGCGUCCCCCUGGCCACCAUGCAGAGAGGGACAAUGCUUGUGGUUUCUGCUUUUACAACAAUGUAGCCAUUGCUGCCAAACAUGCCAUUAACACCCAUGGUCUACAAAGAGUCUUGAUCUUGGACUGGGAUGUCCAUCAUGGUAAUGGAAUCCAGCAAAUGUUUGAGUCCGACCCACAAGUCUUGUAUAUAUCUGUCCACCGCUAUGACAAUGGAAAGUUCUUCCCGGCCAGCUCUGAGGGCAACUAUAACAGAGUAGGCACCAAGGAAGGGAAGGGAUAUAAUGUGAACAUCCCCUGGAACAAGAGAGGCAUGGGUGACGGUGACUAUGUGGCGACCAUGGUGGAGGUGGUGCUGCCCAUUGCAUAUGAAUUCAAACCCCAACUUGUGCUCGUCGCAGCUGGCUUUGAUGCAUCUGUUGGAGAUCCUCUUGGUGGCUGCAGUGUGACUCCCGAGUGUUAUGGACACAUGACCAAGUUACUGAUGUGCGUAGCCGAGGGUCGUGUCAUCUUGGCCCUGGAAGGCGGUUACAACCUGGCCUCUAUCAGCUAUUGCAUGACCAUGUGUGCCAAGGCCCUGCUGGGUGACCCCCUAGUUCCUCUGGCCCAGAAUUUGACGCCUUGUAUAAGUGCCAUAGAGACUCUGACCAAUGUUGUUUCUGUACAUAAAAAAUUCUGGUCUGCACUAAACUUGAAGAAUGAAGCCUUAUCACCUCUAGGUCACAUUUCAUCAUCCAGAAGAGAUACGGGAGGAGCAUCACCCAAACUUAAAUGUAAAACUGACAAUUCAGUUUCACAAUCUCCCAACAAGAAAUUUGAUGAUUUGGACGAGCUGACAGAGACCUUAGAUCGAGUGAAGCUGGUUGAUACAGACAAAGGUGUAGGGGCUUCCUCGGAUAAGGUACAAGGAGAGGAAUCACACAAUGAGGAAAUGGAAGAGGAUGUUGUUGCUGAGGGUGGAGCAUGUGGAGGCUCAGCAGGUGAUAAUGUAAACACCUUCCUGCUAUCUGAAUUGGCUGCUGCCGAAGAGAUGUUUGCGGUAAUUCCAGCAACUUGGUGUCCCCACCUGGAAGAAGUGAAACCUGUACCUCGUAAUGGACUAAAGACUUCCAGCCCCUGUGAAGAGUGUCAGGACCCUACUGAGAAUUGGAUCUGUCUUACCUGCUACAAGGUACUGUGUGGACGGUUUGUGAAUGAGCAUAUGAUGAUGCAUGGGCUGAUGGAGGAACACAAGAUGGUGCUAAGUUUCUCUGACCUGUCUGUGUGGUGCUACGCCUGUGAUGUUUACGUCCACCACCAAAUCUUACACGAAGCCAAGCGAGCAGCUCAUCUGGAUAAGUUUGGCGAGGAUAUUCCUGAAUUUUCAUGAUGAUGUUCGCUUCACCUCAGUGUCUCUAGAAAAGCUGUGGGAUCUCUUCCUGCAUCGUCUUAUUACAAAUAGUGCUUAUUUAUGUAUAAAGAUUAUACUUGAGUAUGAGGAUAAAUAUUAUCUAAUAUUCCUAUUUUUGCAAGGAUGGCAUUAAAUAUUUUAUCCCUUUUUAGUCAGUAAGAACAAUGAUUCUGCCCAAAUAUUUAGCAGUGGUUACCUACAAUAGAUGGAAAGGAGAAUUUACUAGUAGUUACUGGCACCCCACAUACACUAUCUGAGCACAGUAUUGUGGGUCAGCUAGAAAUCAAGCUCACCUUACAUUUAGUCCCUCCAUAACAGGGGUGUUUGUGCAUAAUGAUUUCACUAAAGGAGCAUCAAGGUCAAUGGGCCUUACUCAUUACAUGUUGCCCACUCAAUGGGAGUUUGGUCACAUGCUACUGCCUUAAGUGACAUUAGUAAUGCACACUUUUGUAUUAAUUUGUAUACUUGAGACAAAGUUACACUCCAGAAAUGUUUCUUCCUUUAUUAGUCCUAAUAGAAGAUGUACCAGGAUGUUGUAAAAAUCCAUUUCACUUCAUUCUUACAGUCAUAGAAAAAUAAAUAGUAAGCCACCUUGUGCUAAUACUUUUUAUCUGAAUGGAACUCCAUCUCAUUUUGAAAUGUUACAUGAAGCAUUUGAAGUACUGUAUAUGUUAUUUUAUGAUCAUUUCAAGAUAUUAAUUACAUUUGGUAUAUUUGAAGUAUAUUUUUUUGUCUCAGUAACCAUAAGUGUUAUAGUGAAUUAUCUUACCAUUACAAGCCUCCUGACUAUAUAUUGUAGUUAAUUAUAAUCCAUGUAGGUAAGCCAGGGGAGUUUAAACACUGUCCAUAUUACCAUGUGUCUUGGUAAAUGCUGUACAUUAUAUGUUCACUGGAUGUAGAGGUUUUUUUUCUCAUAUUUAUGAGUGCUUCAAAGGAAAAACAUUGAAACUCUUUAGACAAAUAAGAUUUUUUUUUUUUUUUUUUUUUUUUAAGAAAAAUAAUGAGUUAUUGAUGACAGUGUAAAUAAACCUUAAUAUUUAGACACAAGUAUACAGCUUCCAACCAGUGACUAGACCCCCAGGGAUAUGAUGGAUGGAGUUUAAACACCUCUGGCUUAUCUGUGGGGACUGUAGUAAAUACUGCUUUAGCCUAAUAUGAAAUACUGUAUGCUUAGAUAUUAUACUUCACAAAUAGCUUUAAGUAACAAAAUCCAAGGUAAUACCUGAAUUUUUCUUAUUUGGGAGACAAAUACUAUAUAUAUGUUAAUUAUGUAGAUAAGCUGGUAUAAUUUUAGUGUUCACAACUCAUCAUACAGCAUCUUCCAGUGAUAACCAUGAAUCCCAUUGUGUCAUCUACUCUGAAGUCAAUUUUAAAUUUCUCCUUUAUUUGACUUAAUUAAAAGUCAAGGUUGACUUUGUUAAGGCUACCCAAUGAUGAUAUUAAGAAUAUUGUUCUACAACAUCUAAAGAAUGAAAACUUUGAUGCCUCUGUACUUCCAGCAGUUUAUUAGUGGUCUUGUCAAGGAUAAUUUUAACUUCAAAUUUACCUCAUCAUUGAAGAUGACAACGAUGAGGUCAGAGAAGAGAUUUGUAAGUAUGAUAAAUUAUUGUUAUUAUCCUGCCACCAAACAUUUAACAUCUCAGGGAAAUUAAUUAAGCAAGACCACAAGAACCUGUAGUCAUGGCAGCAUGUAACUGAAAUGGAGGAUGUUACAAUACCAGGUGGUGGCAAGUAAUGGUAUUUUGUUGGUGGGAGGUGAAGAUGCUGGUUAUGAAAUCAGUUGUAUACUGUAUCAUGUUUAAGCAGCAUUAAUGUUUGGCCAUUUUGUUAUUACAGACUUUUUCUUGCUAACUUUAUAGUGAUGAAUGGAUAUUGCCAUCACUUAGAAUUACUGUCUGUGUAUUUACUUGUACAGUACAUAUUAUUUAGUCUCAGUAGUGAGCAGUACUAUACAGAUAGGAAUGAAACACAGAGCUUUCAUAUGGAAGAUAAGCAUUUUAAUGCUAGUACUGUAUAUUUAAAUCCACAUUCUUCAUCCUUUUCUAAUUUAGUCAGUAAAUAUAUUUCUGCAAUAUAGCUUUAAGAAUAAAUUUCUUUACGAAUUCUUGUACCUAGUGAACUUGCCAUUAGUCGUGCUCAUUUCUAGUACAGUAUAGGUUUACAUCUAUCUGUGCCUGGACACUCAAGGACACACAGUAAUAUCACAUCAUAAUUGGGUCCUCUCAUCCUCUCCUGUAGGUUAGUAUGGUGGGUGUAGAGUGAACAUAUACAUAAUCUUAUAUUUUUAUCACUUGUUUAUAGCUAACAAUCUUCUUUUUUUCCCUCUUUGUUAUACAGAGAAAACUAGACUAAAUGCUAAAAAUUCCAUCAUGGCACAUUGUGUCUUGCAAGCACAACAAAACUACUCUAAAUACUUCUAUUAAGCCAACAUUAGAUUUGCAUCACAAUCAUUCUAGCAGCACAACUGGUAAGACUAUCAGAAUUCUGUUUCUCUCCAUGUAAUUGGGAAUGGAGUCUGAGUUGUGAGAAGGGUAUGUAGGUAGCUGAAAAUCUUUACCCGUCAUAUUUAUAUUAACUUUACUAAGGAAAGUUUAAUGCUUUAUAUCUUUCAAAGCUGAAAAUCUUCAAUUUGACAUUUUUAAUUUUUCCUGAAUAGGGAACUCAUACAGUAUGCUAUACUGUAUUUCUGAGAGGCUAGACCAAGGGUGUCAAAGUCAUGGCCCGCAGGCCAAAUGUGGCCCAUGGUCAGGUGUGGCCCGCGGGAUGAUGGUAAAAUUUAUCAUCCCGUGAAAUUACGAUAGAAAUAGAUAUAAUCAUGUUUAUUAAGUAAAAUGAAUUUCUCACACUUAAGAUCAGACAAACACAAAUGAGGUUUUCCCGGUAAGCCAGGUAUGGCAAUGUGUGAAGCUGUAAUCUUCAAUCCUGCAAAUAUGUGAUAUAGCACUUGUGUUGGCCCUGAAGAGGGUAACUAAAAUAAGAAUUGGCCUUCGAAAGGUUUUGAGUUUGACACCACUGGGCUAGACAGUUAUAUGUGAACAAUAUAUCCUGAAAUCCAAUUGUGAUAGAGCCUGUAGCUAACCAACCCGAGGAUUGUACAGUAUAGUGCUCACCAAAACUGGCAGGUUGUAAUCCCAAAGAUCCCCCAACUUUCAGGCCCUGGUGACCUCCACUGAUCAGAUUUACCCUUGGAACUCUCAUGAUUAAUUCUUCCUCCUGUAAUAGUCGAAAGGCGGGUGCAUACAACACCAGUGAGAGAGAACUGGGCAGUUUUCUACUGAUAGUGGUCUUGGCUCCCCACCCUAUUUUUAUGGGACAUGAUGGUGACAAAAAGAAGUAACUAUGAGAUUCUUCCACGAUCAUAUAUCUAAUCCACAGUUGUUACCUAGCCACUAAUUCUCAGAAUUUCCUAUGUCCAAGACCUGCCAAGUUUAGUGAUUACAUUACUCCAGUAGCCUAGCAGAAAGCAUCAAGUCUUUAAGAUUGUACUUCAACUUUUUUGUUUUCCUUUAAUAAUCAGAUUAGAAAAAAUGUACUUAUAUUCUGCAAAAUCAUUUAACAUGAGCAUAAGAUGUAUGCAUUUCUUAAGUAAGGUCUGUAGGGAAUUAUUUCAAUUAAUAUCCAUUGUUGUGUUCAUUUCCUAUACAAUGAUAAGACUUGUAAGUACAAAACCAUUUUUUUUUUUUUUUGCAUUAAGACUAAAAGAAUUUUGGAAAGAGUAGUAUCUUAAUAUUAAUUGAACAUUUUUCUGAUGGUAAAGAGAAUUUCAUGCAAUGUACAUGUAAUAAAAGUUAAAAAAAAUAACUACCUUCUGCCAUCGAGAGAGAAAUAAAAGAUCUCUGUAUGCCAAGUAGUUAAAUCAAACAUUUGUAUUUUAA